CUUUUUAAAAUAAUUUUUCAUCGUUUUGAUGUUUAGGCUCCCAUUUUGGCAUAUCGAAAUGAAGUACGAACACAAUUAAACAACAAAGCAGCAGUUCAUAAUGCAGCACAACUAGGUCUUCAGCCAAUGGUAUGUGUCGCUCAAGAUACAUGCAAAGGAAAACUAAUUGAAGAUCCUAUACUUAUGAAAAAAUUAUUGGAAUUAUCUGACAGCAAGACGGAACACUUACCCGGUUUGUUGCCAUUUGUUCCUGGGAUGCCAGUUAUUUUCACGCAAAAUCUUGCUAUUGAACUGGGUCUUAUUAACGGCAUAAAUGGAAUAUUUCGACAAUUAGUCUACAAGGCUGAUUCUGUAUCAAUAGAUGCUCUAUCUAACACAUUUCCGAGCAACACACAGUACGUGCAUCGACCUUUAUAUGCAUUAAUUGAAAUUGCUAUAUCAAAAAUUGAAUGUAACCUUGAAACACUUCAACCGAAACUCGUCCCAGUACCGUUAAUGGAACAAACGUUUCGUUUUGACGUUACUGAGAUGCUUCCAAAAAAUAAAAAGCCAAAAUCGAACCAGAAAGCAAUGUUGUCAAUUAAACGACGUGCACUACCACUUGUACCUGCUUAUUGUAUUACAACACAUAAGAGUCAAGGUCAAACUUUGAGUAAAGCCGUGAUUGACCUUAAACUGCCGAAUGAAACUGAAGAUAUUGUCGCUGUAUAUGUACCGCUAUCACGUUUAAAACGUUUGAUUGAUGUAGCUAUUUUACGGCCUUUCGAUUACGAAGUUCUACGAAUCAAACCAAGUAAAUCGCAAGUUGCUGAAAUUGAAAGACUUGAUAAAUUGUAUAUCGAUACCCGAUUUCGAUUUGCUGAGUAUUUUCAAUAA